AUGGACGAAGAGCUUCAUGUUUUAGCAGUAGAUGACAAUCUCAUUGACCGUAAACUCGUAGAGAGAAUUCUCAAGAUCUCUUCCUGCAAAGUGACAACAGCAGAAAAUGGGCUUAGAGCAUUGGAGUACUUAGGCUUGGGAGAUCCACAACAGACUGAGUCAUUAACUACCAACAGUGUUAUGAAGGUGAAUCUUAUCAUCACUGAUUAUUGUAUGCCAGGGAUGACAGGUUUUGAGCUUCUCAAGAUAGUAAAGCAGGAAUCUUCGAAUCUUAAGGAAGUACCUGUUGUGAUUUUGUCAUCAGAGAACAUUCCUACUCGCAUCAAUAAGUGUUUAGCCAGCGGGGCUCAGAUGUUUAUGCAGAAGCCAUUGAAAUUAUCGGAUGUAGAGAAACUCAAGGGUCAUGUCUUAAACUGCAGGAGCUGAAGAUCUGCCUAAUCUCAAAAGCUCGUAGAAUUCUUGUUGAUUUUUCUUUUUUAGAAUAAAUGAGUUUAUUUAAAGAUUGUGUUCCUAAACAAUGACAAAGACCGUCUUGGCUAUCUCAAAACACUUGCUGUUUUUUUUUUAUAUUUGUGAAAAAAACAAAUAAAAACGAAACAAUAAGGAUCUCUAUGAGUUAAUUAGUUUUAUGAAUUAUAAAUGUUGUCAGAUUGUGAGGAAUCUUAGACCACAAGAAACAUCAAGAAUUCAACGAAGAAACAAUAGAUAGAGUCUGAAUUCAAGAUCAGAAGUUAACCAAGUAAACAAGUUGGAACAUAAUAAUUAUUACUACAUUUGGAUGUGAAUUUUUAAUUAGGUUUUAUGUCCGUAAUAGAAUCCAUCAGACUACAUUAGAACAGUAUAAAAUUAAAAGAUUUAAAGAUAGAUAAAUAAGACAGCCUAGAACAAUCCAUGAAAUACUCUUACGUUUCUUGCCGCUAGGUUUCUUAUUGUGAUCAUCACUGUGACUUGUGUGAUAUGUCUUCCUCGUCACCAAACUCUGAACCAAGUCCUUUAGGGAUCCAUCGACAUCUUUUUUAUGAUUCUUGGCCAUUAAUUUCCCUGCGACAUCAGCUGGAGCGAUCUUUGUUUCCCUCAACAAAGACUCGAUUUCAAGAAACAGAGGAUGAGAAUCAAGAUCCAAGUAGUUCUUGGCUAGAACCUCGAACGCCCCGACACAAGUCGAUCAUAUCCCAUCUAUGAAGUUCAAAAUCCCAGAGAGUGUGACCCUACUCUGAUUUAGAUCUUCUUGGCCUUUCUUUCCAUCUUUCUUGCUGAACAAGCCUGUUUUUGUCUUCCUUCUCUUACACGUUAGGUCUACAGAAUAAUCAAUGUCUUUAAUCACAAUACUGAACUUGCUUGAUGUUGCAGUGAGAGGUUUCCUCAACUCCAAGUUGUUCUGCAUAGCCGCGAUUGACCAUAGCCGCGAGUUUGAGAUCUUAGAUACUAUAGUUCAAACGAUUGACCAUAGCCGCAGUCAUGGUGGAUUUACCAGUCCCUAGUGGUCCAUUCAAUAGGUAGGCCCUUUUCCAAGCUUUCCCAGUCUUCUUGUAAUACUCUUUUCUAAUUCUAAAUGCCAGUCCCUAGUGGUCCAUUCUAAUUCUUGCUUUUCUUGUUUUUUUUGUACAGAAUCCCGAUUUUGUCAGAAUCCCAGUUUAAACUAGGGUUAUUGGUGAAUAGCCUCAUUUUCUUGUUCUUGGCCUCGAUUUUUUCCCUUCUUCCAUCACAUGAUAUAAGAUCCGGUUACAAUCUCCAAUCCACGUCUAUGGAAAGUGAGCUUGUGAGUUCUGUCUCCGUCAGUACUAGUCAUAAUCUCUCACCAGACAUUAAUUAAUCCUUUGUAUACAAUGGAUGAUUUAGAAAAUAUUAUCGUGGGGGGCAAAAAUUUCAAACCUUAAAUAAUAUGGACAUUUAACUCUAUAUUGAGAUUUUAUGGGGGCAAACUUAACCAAUCUCUCCAAAAAAAUAUUAUAAACAGUAAUCAAAAUCCAUUUUUUUCUAAAAUCCAUAGGGGCAGAAGCCCCAUCCUUGUUGGCUGUACAUUCGCCCCUGUUUGUAUAUGUCUCUGACUUUAGUCUCGUCACGUAUCAAGACUAGACCUUUGCUCUCGUUAACUUGCAUGCCCAAAAUCUUUAAAGAGAAAAGCAAAUGAAUAAACGAAGGGUUUCAUAAACAAAACAAUGAAUGAUUGGCCUCCAAAGUCUUACUUAUAAUUUUUUUUUCACUUGUCUGAUAGGCCGUCUAACCAAAAUCUAACUCAUCAAUUUUUUUUAACAUAUAUACAAAUUAUUCUAAUGGACCUGGUUAGCUAUCUCCAUAAUAGAUAAUCCACUCUGUUACUAUCAACAUAGAAACAAUUUUUAUCUACUUACAAAUAAUAUAUGUCGGACCAUAUUUUUUUGGAUUCCUAUUAUUUAUUAUAAAAUAUAUAUCCUAUCUUAAAGUUAAGAAACUAGAUAACUAAUCUAUUGUUUUUUAAAUAAUGAAUUCAAUUUAUAUUAUCACUAAAUUUAAGUAAAUAAUAAAUUAUAGUUUAUUUAUUAAUAUAAAAAUUGUAUAUGCCUACUAAUUAGUAUAUAUAUACAAAUGUACUUUAAUCCAGAUACAAGAAACAAAUUCUUGAAAACCCUCGUCGUAUAUAAAAUAAUAUAAUUCUUAUAGAUAAAGUAUUACAAUUAGAUAUAUAAUAUAUAUAUAUAUGAUGGAAAAUGUUAUUAUUGAUAUUUGUAUGAGUAUAGUUUUACAGGUUAUAUCAACAAACAUGUAAAAUAUUUAUGAAAUAUAAAACUAAUUGAGCAAAAGAUAAAACACACUUUAAGUUAGGGGGCGACUGGUUUUUCCGCUACCACCAGCAAACGCAGCUUUUGCGGUUGGUAGCGGUUGUCGGCGGUUUGCAACAAUCACUCAAAUCGCUCUAAACCGCUUCAUACCGCUCCAAAUCUCAUAAAUUCAAAAGCUGGCUUCAGCUAGCGUUUGCGGUUGCGGGCAGUUGCGGGAGGGUAAAAAAAAUUUCUUUUUU